AUGGAAGAAAAGAUGGAGAGUGAACAUAGCUACAGUGGGGAAAGUAGCAGUUCUUCAGAAACCUCCAGCGGGAGUUCGGAGGUAGAUGAUGAGGUGAUGGAGCCGGUACGCAUCUUGGGUCAAUCUCUGGAAUUGCCACAGGAACUGUGUGAGGACUAUUCCGUUUUUAAGGAAUUUUUCUCCAUGAAGACUUGGGAUGCUUUAGAAGACAAACACAAGGAUGAAUUAAGUAAAUACCUACCUAAAUUUACUGAAAAUGAAGAAGAAGAAAAGGAAAAGACACUUAAAAUGCUUUUCAACCAUGAACCCUUUCAUUUCACAUCACCUCUUGGUGAUUUUUAUAACAAUUUGAGGCAGGGUAACUAUCGGCCAGAUAUAGCAAAAAUGCGAAAAUUUCUUAUGAAAGCUAGAGCCAAACAGCAAAAGCAUAAGAUAAAGUCAUACUAUGCAAAAUUAUUACCAGAAGUUCUCAUUUCUCGAGAGCGUUUAUUGGCAGCUGCUAAAGCAGCUCCACCAGGUCCUGUGCCACGUUUGCCAUUACUGCCUCCAAGGCCUUCCUCUAAAAAUAACUAUAAGCCUUUGUAUUUACGAGCCAAACAGAGAUAUUUUGAAGAGUUAUCAGCUAUUAGAAGUGAAGUAGGGGGAGAUGAAUCUGAUGAUGAGAACUAUCCUGAAGGUCCACCAGAACAGUCAAUGAGGAAACGAAAACAAGGAACAUCAGGACAAAACACAGAUGGGAAUGUAUCUGGUACACUGGGAGGUUCAGAGCAAUCAACAUUGACCUCAUUAGAAUGUUUAAAGAAUGUACUAGCCACUCACAGAACAAGAAGGCAAUAUAGAGAGAAUCAUCCAGAACUUAUUACAACAGGGAUAACAAUAGAUGACAUAAAACAAAGGGUAGCUCUUGUGAAUGGUGCAAAGAAACUCAUGUUUGGUGGUCAAAAAACUGGUUCACCCAUACAAAAACUAAGAAAAGGACCAAAGAAAGAGGGUCAGAAACAGAGACAUGAGAAGCCUUGUAAAAAAGGAAAAGAAGAGUAUGAGACUGUUGAAAGUAAACCAUUAUUGCCAAAUAUUAAGAUAAAAUGUGAACAAGAGGAAUCUGAUUCUGAAAGUUCCUCAUUUGUAGAUCUUGUGACAAGUCCCAAUGCAGGGAAGAAGGUAGAACCACCUGAAAUAAAAAUAGAAAUGGAUGCCAAGUAUCCUAGUAUGUCAAAUCUAAAUUAUAAUGAUACCAAUUUGGAUAGCAUAGUAAAACAAGAACCUAUUGAUAGUGUAAUGCAAACACAAAACUCGAGAGUGAACCAACCAGUGCCUAUUAAACUGGAGGAUUUAGAUGGAAUCGACAUGAUGGCUCUACCAGUGGAACUUGUAGAUGAAUCAGGAGAAGUUGUUCAAGAAGUGACAUCAACAGAAGGGGAUGUCGAGAGUAGCAGUGUGGAGGCAGACUCUUUGUUAACAGAAACGACACAUGCUUGCUUCUUGUCUUUAGUUCGGGCCCUAUUUCCUGCAAGAGCAGCUCAUAGGGCGAGUAAGAAACAACUGCAUGCAAGAUGCGCCGCAGUUAUGCGGUCGCCCAUUGCGCCUCUUAACACUUGGUAUAAUUUGUCUGAUGAUUGGUGUGCCGAACUUGAUUCUGCUCUGGAUUUUCUUGCUGGUGAAAGAGGGCAGCAUCCAGAUGAUUUUGUGCCAUAUCUCCAGUAUUUACCUGAAACACAGAUGUACCAAUGGAUCGGUGCUGGUCGAGAUUGUGACGCGAUCUUAGGUCGGUUGUGUGAGCGGUGGCUACGGGCCGCUGAACCACCGCCGCCUGCGUCGGAACCACCACCCUCCAGAUAUCCUACAUCGUGGGCAGUUCGGGUCGCAACAGAGGCGGAAUUGAUAGAUUUCCGUGCUCAGGAACGAAGGCGAUUUGCAGCUGCCGCUAAACCGUUCACAUACGUUCAAUACGGGUACCGGUCGGUGGUGGGCCCGUGCGCGCGCGGCGCGGGCUGCGGCGGCGCGGGCGGCGGCGUGCUGCUGGGCGCGCGGCCGCGCCACGCCGCGCUGCCCGCGCUCGUGCGCGACGCGCUGGCGCGCCUGCCCAACGGGGAGGGCACGCGCCAUCACGUGCUCGUGCUGCUCAGAAUGUCACAAUGGAUAGCUCCUUGCGGUGAGCAAACACUUUUGAGUGCGGUGUCUUCGGUAUUAGAUAGACUUCUGUCUGCGAAACGGGAUCCCGUCGUCAAGUAUGACCAAAGAACGGCGGUGUGGACGUAUCUUCAUAGACAUAGAAGCGAGGAAGAUUGGCUAAAGAUCACGACCGGUCGAGGUCGUAAAGCGACUUCUCUAUCAGUGCCCGCUUUAACACUUCCGUCCUCUUCGAUUCCUCCACCCCCACUGAUAAAAACAACACCCUUAUCUAUCAUAAACAAGGAACCAGCACAUCACACACCACCUCAUGCCAUGGAGCUAGAAGUAGCUAGCGUGGAAGAAGUUGUUGAAAAUGCUUCCGAUAGUGACGUGGACGUAGACGACAGUGGCACUCCAUCUUCAAUGCCACACCUUUCGUCAGCACAACUACUGAUGCAAGCCACGCAAGUGUCACAAGGGAAACACAUCACAUUACCACCGAAACCAAAAGGCAAACUUGUCGCCACUCCGCCCCAGAAACCGAAAGUUUCUCAACCGAAACAAACAGGUGCUAAGCAGACUGCAGCGAAGCAAGCGGUGCUCAUGUCGCAGUCAGCGAAACAAGCGAACAUUCUGGCUCAGACGGUUAGACAGAGCAAUGUCCAAGUGAAGCAACCCACCGUAAUACAGCAAACGAAAACUGCCAUAAUACAAUCGCCAAAGCAAGGAACUGUUCAACCGAAACCUGUAAUAGCACAAGCUGCGAAGCAAGCUAGUAUAGUAACUCAAGUAUUGAAGCCAAAUAUUACCAAACAAGUUGCAAAUGCCAAGCAAAUAAAUCAACCAAACGCUGUCAUUCAGUCGCCGAAACAAACACAAGCCGCUAAACAGAUAAUCGUAAACCAGCCGACGAGUAUCUCUGCUCAGAUGAGUACUGUUACUCAGCUGACGAAGUCAUUACCUUCGGUCGUAGCGACGCCCCACAAGAGUCCAUUGAUCAAACAGCGCCCGUUACAGAAAGUUGAAGUCACUCAGGCUGCCGUAAAUAUUAUUUCUGCAACAAGUGUACCAAACUUGUCCAGCUCUCAACCUCCUGGUUUAGUACCAACAUCCACAAAUCCGGUUCAACUUCAAAAUAAGGUAACGCAAGGCACGCGGUCUCUUUUAAUAAGGCCGAGCGCUGUUCAAACUACUGUCACAGCUGUAGUCACUACACCGACGGCGAUACAGGCUACACCAACAACUAGAAGAGGGGUAGUUAGAGUGCUAAGUCCUGCAACUCCGGCAUCUGGCAAAUCUCUUAUAUCACCGCGGGCGUUAAUGCAACAAGGUGCAGCAGCAACUGCUAAGAAGCGAACCACAGUGCCAAGUACUGCAUCUGUCACGACUAUUGCUCAGAGUACGGCAAGUACAACGACAGUUGUAAGCAGCGUGCCAACAGCAGUAACGUCCUCCAUGUCCACACGCACGGUGCAACUUCCAGGCGGGCGAACUGUUCAGCUUGCUGCCAACCAAACCGUGCAUCUUCCCAGUGGACAAGCCGUGCAGUUAACAUCAGGACACACGCUGCAACUAUCCUCCUUACAACUACCUACGCACAGUGUUCGGUUACCGAGUGGACAAACUGUACAACUUGCAUCACCUCAGUCUGUCCAAGCCGUCCGAGUCUCUACAACCGCCGUGAAGAGCCCGAGCCCACGUGCCCAACAGGCUACCCCAACAGUGAAAACUAUACAAACCAGUCAACCUGUACAGAUACCCGUGUCUACGGUGCAGUUAACUGGACAAACAGUACAAAUCGCUGGGCAAACUGUGCAAUUAGCCGGGCAGAGUGUACAGCUAACGGGUCAUACUGUGAAAUUGCCUAACGGACAAAGUGUUCACGUUGCCAGUCAAGGUGUAAUACCAUCGCAAAGUGUUCAACUUUCGAACGGUCAGACUGUUCAGCUCGGUAGUGGAAAUAUUCAAACAGUGCAAUUAGGUGGUUCAAACGUGCAGUUGGCAGGUCAAAGUGUUCAAAUGCCAAGUGGACAGACAGUGCAAUUAGGGUCUCAGACGGUGCAAUUAGGGGGACAAACCGUGCAAUUGGCAGGUCAAACGGUACAAUUGCCGAGUGGCCAAACAUUACAGUUGUCUAGUGGACAGACAGUUCAGUUGUCUAGUGGGCAAACAUUGCAGUUGGCUAGCGGGCAAACUGUGCAGCUUGCCAACCAAACGAAGUCAAGCGCACAAGUUGUAAGAGCGCAAACGCCUUCUGAUAAAUCGGCAACCGGACAACCAAUCGUAGCGAAACUACUGACUAACGCACAGGCGCAGAUGAUCUCCCUGGACGGGCGCACGCUGCAGGUGGCGGGCGGCGCGGGGGGUGUGACGGGCGCGGGCGGGGUGCGCGCGCGCGCUGCCGUCCGCGUGCUGGCGCCCGCGCGGCCGCUGCUGCUCACCUCCGCCAAGCCGCUGCACAACAUUAUACUGCAGCAAAACGACGGUAACACGAUUCGCGUGACGUCGAGCGGUGCGGCCAACACUUCGCAGACUUUAGUUUUAGGUGCACAUAACGUCACGACGUCCACGACAUCAGCGCCAGUUUUAAAAUUACAACAGGUGAAUCCGAUACAACAGGUUAAGCUCGCGCAAGGGAUUAAAAUUCAGCAGGCGACGUCAAGUUCCACAACCCCGACAUCUAGCGGCGUCCGAAGCGUGCUAAUGGACGGUCAACAGCUGAAACUUGUUGGAGGACGUCACGUACUAGCCAGAAUAUUGCGACCAUCGCAUCCACCUCAAUAG